CUUCUUCAGACUCUUUAUUGUGGUGUCCAUUUGAGACACUUAACCCAAAGAGGCUGUACCAUGGACUGCAAAGAAAGCUGCCCAAGUGUUAGCAUCCCAAGCUCUGAUGAACACAGGGAGAAAAAAAAGAGGUUCACUGUUUAUAAAGUAUUAGUUUCAGUUGGAAGGAAUGAAUGGUUUGUCUUCAGGAGAUAUGCUGAAUUUGAUAAGCUUUAUAACACACUAAAGAAACAAUUUCCAACUAUGACAAUGAAGAUUCCUGCCAAAAGAAUAUUUGGUGAUAAUUUUGAUCCAGAUUUUAUUAAACAGAGAAGAACAGGACUGAAUGAAUUCAUUCAGAAUUUAGUUAGACAUCCAGAGCUAUGCAACCAUCCAGAUGUCAGAGCAUUUCUUCAGAUGGACAGUCCACGACAUCAGUCAGAUCCUUCUGAAGAUGAAGAUGAACGAAGUAUUCAGAAGCUACACUCUACAUCACAGAACAUCAUUGGACCAUCUGGAAAUCCUCACGCCAAACCAAGAUUUGAUUUCCUAAAAGUUAUUGGAAAAGGCAGCUUUGGCAAGGUAAAGGUCUCUAUUUUUUUUAUUCAGGUUCUUCUUGCAAAAAGGAAACUAGAUGGAAAAUAUUAUGCUGUCAAAGUGUUGCAGAAAAAAAUUGUUCUGAAGAGGAAAGAGCAAAAACAUAUUAUGGCUGAACGUAAUGUGCUCUUGAAAAAUGUGAAGCAUCCAUUUUUGGUUGGAUUACAUUAUUCAUUCCAGACAACUGAAAAGCUUUAUUUUGUUCUGGAUUUUGUUAAUGGAGGGGAGCUUUUCUUUCACCUACAAAGAGAACGGUCCUUUCCAGAACACAGAGCCAGAUUUUAUGCUGCAGAAAUCGCCAGUGCUUUGGGCUACUUGCAUUCCAUAAAAAUCGUAUAUAGGGACUUGAAACCAGAAAACAUUCUUUUAGACUCAAUAGGACAUGUCGUUUUAACAGAUUUUGGGUUAUGUAAAGAAGGGAUUGCUAUAUCUGACACAACUACAACAUUUUGUGGGACACCAGAGUACCUUGCACCAGAAGUGAUCAGAAAACAGCCCUAUGAUAAUACUGUAGAUUGGUGGUGCCUUGGUGCUGUUCUGUAUGAAAUGCUGUAUGGGUUGCCUCCAUUUUAUUGCCGAGAUGUUGCUGAGAUGUAUGAAAACAUACUCCAUAAACCCCUAAAUUUGAGGCCAGGAGUGAGCCUCACAGCCUGGUCCAUUCUGGAAGAACUUCUUGAAAAAGACAGGCAAAAUCGACUUGGUGCCAAAGAAGACUUUCUUGAAAUUCAAAAUCAUCCUUUCUUUGAAGCACUCAACUGGACUGACCUUGUACAAAAAAAGAUUCCACCACCUUUUAAUCCUAAUGUGGUUGGACCAGAUGAUAUCAGGAAUUUUGAUGCAGCCUUUACAGAAGAAAUGGUUCCGUAUUCUGUUUGUAUUUCUUCUGACUAUUCUAUAGUGAAUGCCAGUGUUUUGGAGGCAGAUGAUGCAUUUGUUGGUUUCUCUUAUGCACCUCCUUCUGAAGAUUUGUUUUUAUAAAAGAGACAACAUUCAGAGGACACCAAGAAAGUACAAACCUAAGAAUCAAAGUGAAAUUCUUCUAUACGGGAAAGUAUUCCAAAAUGUGUCUUAACUAGUGCCUCAUUUUUAUAUGUAAAGUUGGAAUCUUUGAAAACAUUUUUCUGCUGUACAUGAAAAAAAAUAGGGCAUUUCAGAAAGUUGAAUUUAAACUUUGUUACUCCUGCUUAUUAAGAUUUUUUUAAAGAAAUACUUUACAGGCUAUUCUUUACAUUGACCUGUUUUUAAGCAAAAAAAAAAAAGUUUGCUGUUGACUGUUGUUUUUCCUUAUAGGUUUACGCUAGUAUUUCUCCAGGAUUAGCUGUUUUCAGCAUCUGUAACAGCUCAGUAAAUUGCUUUUCAAUUCAGUCCAUUGUCCCUAUAGUGAUUUUUAGUGUAAUGUCUUAACUAUGCAAUUAUCUUUUGUAUUUGUUGUUGUUGGAAAAGAAAUAACAUAUUGCCAUAUUAAAUCAGUGUUUGAAAUCUGAAGUACUUGACAGUAUUAAAAUGAAAGUGCAUGGUUAACAAAACAUGUUAGCAUAUAGUUUUGAUGAUCUUUCAUUCUGCAGUUCUUUAAGGUUUAAAAACACACAAAAAAACUUUUCUUUAACACAUUGGAGUUUAAAUUGGCAUAUGAUUUUUUUUUCCAUGCAAGAAACAGAAAAUAAACUGCUCACAUAUCUUUAGCAUUCCAAAGAUUUAAAGGACAGUUAAGUAUUGUGAAUUUUGUGCAUGUGUUAAUGAAACACUUUAUGCACUUAAUCAUGCAUAUAAAAUUUGUAUCUUCUCUAUUUUGAGAUUGUUAGUUUUUUGUCUUCUGCAUCUUUAGUACAGUAUACAUUCAUUCAGAACCAUGGCAUUUGCUUUGCAAAUAUUUAAAUAACGUUUUUCAAAGCCAUUGUCUUAAUUAGGAGUUUAUGAGUAUUGAGUUUCUUAGAAUACUUAUAUAAUUAGAAAUUUCAAAAUUUGUCUCAAGUAUGUAAACUUUCUCUGUAGAUUGCUAGAUCAAUUCUAAAAGCAUUUUAAAAGUAAAAUAAUCAUAUACAACUUAGCAAUUAUGAAAAAUACACGUUAAUUUGGACUUCAUUUUAGAUAAGCACAGAGAAUCUAACCUUCAUCCUAUGACAUGCUGACUUUUGAUCACUUAUAAUUCUAGCACAAACUGACUACAGAUUCAGAAGAACUAGAAAAUCCUGCUUAGAAGCAUGGAAUUCUAAUUAUCAGUUGAGGACAACUUUUAAAAAAAUCUUGGGGGCAGCUAGAUGGUGCAGUGCAUAAGCACUGGCCCUGGAUUCAGGAGUACCUGAGUUCAAAUCCAGCCUCAGACACUUACUAGCUGUGUGACCCUGGGCAAGUCACUUAACCCCAAUUGCCUCACCCCCCCCAAAAAAAAAUCUUACAAACAGUCGUUAAAAGCAUAGCUGCAGGUGGCGCAGUCGAUAGAGCACCGGCCCUGGAGUCAGGAGUACCUGAGUUCAAAUCCGGCCUCAGACACUUAACACUUACUAGCUGUGUGACCCUGGGCAAGUCACUUAACCCCAAUUG